UUUCGUUGACUUUCUUUCCAUGAAGAUCUUCAUUAGCGCAAUACACUCAUAUUUCAGUAUUCAGAUCAAUUCCUAAACAUAAAUAUUUGAUUUAAAUCUUAAGUUCAAAAUUCCCAAACAUUCGUAACGAUGCUAUUGUACAUUGAAAAUAAAGCUUAUCCUCUGAAGACAUUUGUUGUCUUGUGCCAACCUUCGGAUACAGUUGCUCGCGUCAGAGCUCAACUUCUGCAUUCGUUGUAUGAAAUAGGACAUUCUAACCAUCAGUUUAGGCUUCGUCACAAAGGUAAUUACAUGAGAGAUGCUUAUACUCUGGAAGAAUAUAAAAUACUAAAUAAUGCAGUGAUAAAGAUGGUUCCUCUCAAUGAUAUAUCAGAUUGGAAUAAAGACAUGAGAUUUCAUCAAAGCAAUAAAUCAAAAAUGGAGAAGUUAAAUGUGGAAGACCUUGUGCAAGUCGCAUUAAAAUCAGAAGUGCAUCUUCUGAACAAUCGAGAGAAAACAUUGGGAGUCUUCAAAACAAUCUUGAUGAUGCAAAUAAUUCUUCUGUUCCUGUCUCUAUUUACUGUGUACUGGUACUUUUUCUUCGCAUAUGCUGUGGUGUUGUUUAUUGCGUACACUUUCUGUCCAACGUUUACAAGAAUUGGCGGAUGGGUCGGGAAAAACAGUGUAAGGAGCAAGGAAUUCAUGAUUGUGUUUGGAGUUUUAACUCUAGCAAUGAUGGGAGUUGGAAUAGCUUUAUUCACUCUUAUUGUUAUUGAUCUGAAGUCAUCAUCCUAUCCCACGGCAAGAUGUUCACAAAAUGUUGCUUCAUGUUUUUCAAGUGCUCAAAAUACAAUAGAAGAAGGUGUUUGUUACGCGUAUCAGAAACAAUGUUACGAGAGGUCAGUGUGGACAGCUGUUUAUUUUUGUCUAGAAAUUCUGAUUAUGCUCAUCAAUUCCAUAUUUUCUUGGAUUUUAUUCAGCAAUUUCAAGUUCAAUGUUGGAGAUAGAAUUGAGUAUUACUUGAUGCAAAUGAGAGAAUUGAAUCAAAUUCUAGAAGCAGCAAAAGUCGGAACAACAAGCGAGAAAAGAAAUGCAGCAUUCGAACUCGCUACAUUGGCAACUUCUGGUGAUGACAACAAAUUUCAGAUAGUUUCUGAAGGUGGUCUUGAAGCACUGAUUUCCCUUGGACUGGAUGGAGAUGCCACAACACAGGAAUAUGCCACGGAAGCCAUCACAGAAUGUCUCACAGUUCCCGCCAUACAAGAUCAGUUUGUGUUAAUUGGAGGAAUGCGUGUUUUAACUGCUUUACUUAAUGCUAAUAAUUUGAGAACGGUGAAAGCAGCAAUAAUGGCAAUUUCUUAUGUUGUCACAGAUUCUGAUGAAAACAAGCCUGCUGCAAUUGCAGAUCAUGGUCUUGAAGAUCUUUUAUAUGCAUGCAAAUACACUGAUUCUACUGGAUUACGGAGUCUGUCUUUAAUUUAUUUGGAAUUGGCGGAUUACGAUGAUACAAGAGUUGUUUUGACAUCGAGAAAUUCAACCAUUGAUGCCCUUUUGUGUAUAUUGAAACGCAGCUUUGAUGAAGAAACGAUAGCAACUUCCCUGCAGACUCUGGAACUGCUGGCUAUAGAAGCUCCUAAAAUGAUCAAUACGAAUGAAGAUUUGAUGAAAUAUUUGCUGAAUUUUCCCAAUAAAACAUUAGACAAGAAACUUCAAUAUUUUGCCGCAAAAUUACUGUUACAGUUUGCAGACUCUGUCGAAUCUUGUGAGCAGUUAGUUUCACAAGAAAGUGUUGUGGAUGACCUUCGAUACUAUGCUUAUGCUAGUGAUAUAACACUACAAAAUGUUCUUGCUAACAUAUUAUUCAGAAUGUCAGAGUUGAAACCUUACAAGGAUCAAUUACAAAAAAAUGGAUUGAUUGAUUUACUUUUGUAUCUACAAAGCGUCACGAAUGAGAGAGAAUCUUGGAGCUUGAUUGAAAGGGCGUUAUCAAAUAUGAACCUGCACCAUGAUACAGAUUCUGAUCUCAAUUUGAAACACCAUGGCUCCAUGUCCUCCUUGAAAAGUCAUGAUGAUCAAACCAAACCGUCAUUCCAACCAAGGCAACGUACUAACAUCUCGGUACCCUCGAGCUCAUCAAACGAAGCUGGUCCAAGUGGUCUUCAGUAGAAGUAGUCACUGCAUGCUCCUAGCAAUUUUUUUUUUAUCUACGAUUGAUAAGACUAUUAAGAUUGAGUUAGAAAAACCAAGAGUUUAAAAAUCUUUUGAAUGUGUUUAAUAUAAUAAGUUAUCAAUGGUUCAACAAUUUGUCACUAUCGUUUAUGUAUUAUAAAGAAUUAUGCCCAGCCUGGUACUGUCCAAUGCAUGUAGAAUUGAAAUAUUUUCUGAUAACACUUGAAAUGUAUAUAGUAAAUAUCAAAUCAGUUUCAAAAAAGUAUUAAACUUGAGUUUGCUACCCCUAUGUCCAGUGAUCAAGCACUCAAAGAAACUUUCCAAUAAUGUAAGAAAUGAGCCUUGAUGGUGAAUUUUAGUGGCCAUCAAAUAAGUAUUUCAACUUUUAACUGCUACUACUGAUAACAUAUAGUGAUUUAGAUGUAAAUUGUCAAUUAUCCACUGUCAUAUAUAUUAUUAUUCCAUCGUACAACCAACCACUGUUGCAAUAACUUUUACUUGCACUUAUAUUUUAGUUCUACCCCUCUGCAGUUUACACAUUACUUCUUUUAAUUUCGUUAUUAUUAUCUUUCUGAAUAUUUCAACUCGGAGUUUCAACUUCUUUGAGUCUUUGACAUUCAGCUCUGUAUUCAGACUUUGAACACUGCAAUUUUAUUUGAGAUCGUGUAAAAAUGCUUAAAUAAAUGUCCGCUUAGUUGUUAACAACUUUUUUUAUUUGUGUUGGGUGGAAAAAAUAUACCAGUAAAUACCACUAUAUCUUUUUGUUGCUAGCAGCGUCGGAUAUGUGGUUUUACCAAUUCUUACACUAUUGACCAGACUUAUUAGUAUUUUUCGUAUAUUGAAUUAAAUACGUGUUUGAAGUUGAACUCCUAUUUCUAAAAUUUAUUGGAGCACAGUGGAAGAUUAAUCCACGUAAGUUUUAAUAUAAUUAUAAAAAAAA